AUGUGUAGAAACAAGAAGAAAGAUAGCAUUGAGGUGAAGCAGGAAGCUUAUGUGAAGAAGGUGUUGAAACAGUUUGCAAUGGAGGAUUGUAACUCGAGCAAGUAUCCUAUGGAAGCAAAGUUGCAGCUCAGAAAGAAUGUGGAAGGAAGCUUAGUGGAUCCGAAGGAGUAUAGGCAUAUCAUCGAGUGUCUUAGGUACUUGACUCACACUCGACCCGAUAUCUCUUAUGUAGUUGACAUAUUAAGAAGUGGACGAGAAGUUGAAGAACUCGUUGGUUUUACUGACAGCGACCUAGCUGGUGACAUAGACGACAGAAAAAGUACUGGAGGGAUGGUGUUUUAUCUCAACGGGAAUCUGAUCACGUGGCAAUCUCAGAAGCAACGAACUAUUGUUUUAUCUUCAUGUGAGGCGGAGUUUAUGGCAGCUACUGCAGCGUCGUGCCAAGGACUUUGGCUAAGAAACUUGUUGAGCGAGGUGCUCGGAUGCAAGACGAGGCCGGUAACUCUCUAUGCUGACAACAAGUCCGCAAUAUAA